AGUGUCUUCCCUCUAUUCCAGCACACUUCUCAAGUCUCUGCGACUCUUGCCAAUGCCCGACAGCGCUGCAACGGGAGUUGCACCGGCAACCCCAUCUCCGGCCCCAGCAAGGGCACGAGCUUCGUGCUCGCGCUGUCACAGGAGGAAGAAGAGGUGCGACAGGUUGUUGCCGUCAUGUAUGUCCAGGGCCUGGAAGAAAAGCUUCGCCGUCUAGGGAGGGCAGUGGGUGUUGGAGAGCAGAACGCGGCCCACGCCACAGAGGCCACGGCUGUCUUGGACAACAAUCGCCCAUUUAGUGACUUUGAGAUGCCGGAGACAGCAACGGUGGGCCAGGGACCUAGCUCCCACGGGAUUUACAGAAGCGAAGUAGCAAACGCAUCCACUAUUGCCGACAACACCGCCCCGACACAAGACCCUCUUGUCAGCCCACGGCCCGCAUCAAGCCAGACCUCGACAUUUGGCCAGCAACUUACAUCACUCUCGUUAGAAGCUACUGCUGAACGUCACUUGGGAUCGACCACGGGCCUCUCAUUCGCAGAGCUGACCCAAAUGGUCCUACGUCGUUUGACACCAGACAAGGCGGACUUUGUAUUCAAUAGUCAUCAAGACAACACUACCGGAACAAAUCUCUUGGACCUCAACUUCCCCUCAGACCCCUUCAACGACUCGUUCUUCCAGAACUUGAGUGAAUCCAUCUCCGUCCAUCCGUUACUGUUUGGUGACCUCUUCCUCCCUGAAUUUGCCGGAUCCGACGCCACCCUUGGCUCUCUAGUCUGGCCAGCCGAUGAGGCAUAUGUGCGACGGCUGGUAGAUUUCUAUUUUGCGCACUCCCAUACCCUGUAUCCCAUUCUGAAACGGUCCGAGGUCAUGGACGCCUUCGAAAGGAUCCAUCAGAAUCCUCAGAGCUUGGCGACACAAGCUCCCCUCGACAUCUUCAGGAUCUGGAUGGUCCUGGCCAUUGGCUCGACCGCUUACUCUUCUGUCACAUUGACUGAGGAGUCGGAAUCAAUGAUGUUCUACAACAACGCCCUGCAGUAUUCUGAGCAAGCUUUGGGAGGUGAUGAGAUGGUAGAAACACCUGUCUAUAACUUCAUCGACGAGGACGCAACUGACGAGAGCCUAGUCUGCCUUGGAGGCCAUAAUGCUCCAAGUCUCGUAUUCAUUUUUCAACCAACUAGGUCCAACGUAGUUUCCAUUACCUUAGGCCGCCCGUUCGCAUUGCAUGAUGACGAUAUAGAUGUAACGCCCCCAAAACUCCCUCCAGCCGUCGCUGAUGGCCGUUCCUCUACACAUUCUAUCACUACGAAGAAUUGCAGGCAAGAUUUCACGGCAGGUCUACGGGAAUUUCAAGAACUCAAACAUGACUUUACAAGAACGCGAAGCAAUAAUAGCUUCCUUACACCAGGAACUACUCGACUGGCGCCGGGCAUGCCUUUCCCGCUCCCAGACAUCGACGACAGAGUACCACAUCUCAACACAACGUGGUACGACUUCAACUACUAUACCCAUCUCGCCAUGAUAUACAGACCAUCCCCGCUAUUCCCCGUUUCAGACGUAAAGCGGAUUAAGAUGCUGGAGACGGCAGCGUCAAUGUCACUUCGUCAAGCAUUCAGCAUGCAUCAGCAACAACGAUUUGCCUACAACUGGUUGAAUUUUCUAGCCCUUUUCACGGCGACUCUAUCACUAGUCUAUGCGAUCACGGCUCAACCUGAUGACCUCGGCGUUGUCUUGAGAGACACGCGAGCUAUCGCUGACCUUGACCUUGCAACUCAGCUUUUCGAGACACUCGGAAUCAAGUUUGUGGCAGCCAAGAAGAUUCAGGGUAUGAUCGCCGAGAUAUCUCGGCGAUAUAAAGAGGUUCGCGCCUCGAAGGAUAUGGAGCCCAAUAUGGGAUAUCAGGAGUGA